GCUCAGCUUCCGCACCAUGUAUCAGAACACUAGAACAUACUCGCGCAGACGUCGAAGCCAGCGCCUCAUUGAGGCUGAGAACUCUAAGAAAAGACUUCGGGACUCAACUGAACCCAUCCAUUUGCCAAUAUUAUCUUUUCCAACAGAAAUCCUCCUAUCGGUCAUAAGUCACCUACCGUCGCCAUGGCAACUUUCUUUAGGUUUGACUUGCAGAUUCUUCUCAGAGUUAACUCGCAGAAACACUCUACCACGCUUUGAGGGAAAAUAUCUGGUUGAGUUUCUUUCAACCUUACAAAGAGACAUCCCCAAUAUGUAUUUCUGCUAUUGUUGCAACAAGCUGCGCACACUCGAUCCUAACCUUGAUUACAAAAACCAAGCUCAUACAGAGACUGCUGGAGUUUUCACGAAUUCACGAUGGGCGCCCGAUCCCACCAAUUUCUUACACAUUAAGCUUCCGCCAUUUUUUUCUUCCUUUCUCUUCGAUACCAAAAUAUCAUUUAUGGAAGCAAACUUGGUCAUGAAUCGACACUUUCAUGGCCUCUCUCAUGGUACAUCUCUCCGGGGCCUCGAACGAUGUAGUAUCCUCGAGGAUGUUAUCGAAUUAGGCAGAUGCAUUAUGUUCCGCCGUAAGUUGAAAAAAAGGGACUAUAUCUCGGAAGAUUUCGUGGAUCCAGAAGCCAAAUUUCUCGAAGAAAAUCCCGAAGCUCUGCCAAGGAGGGAAGACGCCUGGAGAUUUUUAUUUCGAUCCAGCCCGAAGAUCAUCGAUGAUGAGCUCUUCAUUGCCAGAUUUUAUACGUUAACUGGGCCUCCAGUGACUCGAGAGCAACUUAAAAAGUUGAUGGAGAGUACUUCGAUACCAAUCUGCAGUCAUCUCACCUGCUCGGCGUUCCCGUAUUGCUGCUACCUCGGGAGACGCUUACCAAGGCGCUAUUUGCGCUGCUGUCCAUUCAUUUGGUCAAAAAAUCUUUACCGUGAUGGUGAUGGAAAAAUAAUCGAAUUUGAUCCGGAGCACGACUCUUGCUUAUUAUGCAGCACAGAUUACGAUAUCUCAGUUGAUCUAAAAACGAACAACGAAACGACCAUCAAAAUUAGUAUCUAUCAUCGCCUAGGAUCAUGCCGGUCUCCGAGCGAUAAACAUUGGAAUUAUUUUGUUACCCCCCUCCCACAAGCUCCUUGUUGGAAGUUACUACUAAAUGCCGAUUUCAAACUCCCGCGUAACUUUGAUUCCAAUGACGGGCUGUUUGACUUUGGAAACUUCCCUUCGGCCCAAGAAAUAAGAUCUCGCCAUCUGGAGGUUGAUCCUGGGGUAGCCCGGCGAAAGUGGCACGAGGAGGCACCGGAUGAAAAACUAUAAGUUUACCUGGCGCAUCUUAAGUUACACAAAUGGCAAUGUAAACCGAUGAGUUUAGAUAUAAUAAAAAUUCUAUCCCGC